UCUAUGAUGAUUUUAAUGUGUCCCGUCCACCCACGUGUGACUAACAGGUCACACACACUUUUGCUUUCGCCCAGACGUGUGUGAGGUCAGCCGUCUGUCUGGCACAGAUGUGUGUUGAUGUGCCUCCAGCUGUUUGCGGGGAAUCAUGAUGUCUGGACCUAUAUGGUCUGGAUGGGAGGAUCCUCCCUAUCCAGCCUGUGAGCUCACCACAACUUUUAAUUAGACCGGAUUCGCCAAUUAAAGGGCCGUCCAGUCGGCCGCUCUCUCACAGGCUUUUAAAAGCAGCAGGAGUCUGAACGUCAGCAGCAGCAGCAGCAGCAGACAGAGGUUGAACUGAAGAUGUCUUCCACUUUGCUUUGUGCCGGUAUUUUGUUGGCAUGUGCCGUCACACUUAGUGCAGCUCAGACGAGCUGUAAAGGACGAUGCGGUGCUGAGUACUACAGGGGUUACAUGUGCCAGUGUGAUUACACCUGCCUGCUUUAUGGAGAGUGCUGCGAUGACUAUGAAUCUCAAUGCACCACAAAAAGCUCAUGUAAGGGUCGAUGUGGAGAAUCCUUCAAGAGAGGCCGGCGGUGCACCUGCGACCCGGACUGCUUCAAGUUCAAGCAGUGUUGUCCAGAUUACAAGAGCCACUGUGAUGCAGAGGAGGAAAUCAGUGGAGCAGCCGGUGCAACAGCACCAGUGAAGACUAGUUCAUGCGAUAGUGUAAACAAUAACAAACCCACAGAGCCGCCUCUGCUGGGACCAGAGGAGCAGCCUUCUACGUUCAGCGAGGAAAACAAAGCAGAUGAAGAUUCAACUCCUCUGGUUGGUCUUACCUCAUAUCUACCAGAUGACUCCAGUGAUGAUACAAACAACCAGCUCCCUCCGGACUGGGAAUUCACCAACACUGGACAAGAGGAGACCAGUCCAGUCCCUGAAGGCACCAGUGGUUAUGGGUCGUCCACAGCUGAUCCCCUGGAUCACGUCUCCACUGAACCCACCCUGCAGCCGGACACUGAGGAUUUCACCCCCGAGACGGUCACAGUCAUUUCUCAGACAGAAGCGACUCAGACAGACGAUGAACCCACGGUUUCCAGUGAUCCAGGAACAACCCUCGCUCAGGCCACGACAGAGCAGGUCCCGGACCAGCCGACACCAACCUCUGCAGCCCAGACAGAGGUUUCUUCCACAGCCAGCAGCCCAGAGCCGGAGACAGCAGGGCAGGGAACCGUCCAACCGGAGGACGACUUUUCUCCUGCAACACAGACGACAGAUCUGCCGGAAGCCUCCACUGAUAAUCCAGAGGUCACAACCCUUCCCUUCACCACAGCAGCUUCAGCAUCUACAGGACUCACACAGGACGACACAACCGCGGAUGCGUCACAGUUCACCACGCUGGAGUUGACAACCAUCCCUGACGAAACCACUUCCAACACUGAUCCACUAAAUACUGAGAGCAACUCAGAGGAUUCAACAACGGGCCUUCAAGAUCCCUCCACCAGUGUUUCCCCAGAGCUCGAUGCCCCGACGACUCACGUUCCCUCGUCCACAUCGGAAGCACAGGACGAGACCACAGAUGAGGUUCCACCACAAGUUGCCACUGCAGAUCCAGUGAAAGUCACAGACCUGACCGAGCGACCCCAACCAACCAAACCCAGCGAGCAACCACAACCGUCCACACCCAUUGAGGGAACCCAACCGUCCAAACCCACCGAGCAAACCAGUCCGUCCAAACCCACAGAGCAAACUAGUCCGUCCAAACCCACCGAGCAAACCAGUCCGUCCAAACCCACAGAGCAAACCAGUCCGUCCAAACCCACCGAGCAAACCAGUCCGUCCAAACCCAGCGAGCAAACCCAACCGUCCAAACCCACCGAGCAAACCAGUCCGUCCAAACCCACCGAGCAAACCAGUCCGUCCAAACCCACCGAGCAAACCAGUCCUUCACCAACCGAGCAAACCAGUCCGUCCAAACCAACCGAGCAAACCCAACCGUCCAAACCCACCGAGCAAACCAGUCCGUCCAAACCCACCGAGCAAACCAGUCCUUCACCAACCGAGCAAACCCAACCAUCCAAACCCACCGAGCGACCCCAGAUCAAACCUUCGCCAUUGCCAGCUAAACCAAUUCUGGUCAAAGACCCCCCCAAAGGCCCAGGAACUAGACCUGUGGCCGUAGAACAAGCUCUGAACAUAUACAAUCCACGAGACUACCAGGCAGAUGACAGCAACGAUACGAACCUGUGUAGCGGUCGCCCGGUGGGGGCAGUUACCACCCUGAGGAACGGCACGGUGGUGGUGUUCAGAGGACACUACUUCUGGUUGCUGAACAGACACAGGGAGCCGGGUCCGGCCAGAGGCAUCACACAAGUGUGGGGAGUCCCAUCCCCCAUUGACACUGUGUUCACGCGCUGCAGCUGUCACGGCAAAACAUACAUGUUCAAGGGAUCUCAGUACUGGAGAUUUGACAAUGAUGCUUUGGACAGUGGUUAUCCUAAAGUCAUUAAUACCGGCUUCGACGGGCUGCGGGGCCACAUCACUGCUGCUCUGUCUGUGCCUCAGUACAACAGGAGGAGAGAGUCCGUGUACUUCUUCAAGAGAGGGGGACAGGUCCAGAAAUACUCAUACCAGUUUGGCACCAGUCCAUCAUGUGGCAGGAAAGUCCAGUACCCCGUCGUUCACAAUGUCCACCACCGGAUUGUUCGACAAGCAGUGUCUGCUCUAGGCCCAGUCAUCAACAUCCGGACGUCCUGGAGAGGUUUCCCCACCACCGUCACAGCCGCUGUGUCCGUGCCCAGCACCAGGGAACCAGAGGGAUACAAAUACUACGUCUUCUCCAGAUCCAAAUCCUACAGCGUGAGGCUGGAUGGUGACCGUCCUGUCAUGGCCGCUGCGGCCGCCGGCGCGUCCCCUCAGAGCAGCAACUUCAUCAAAUGCCCGAGGACAUGAAAACCAGAGACUGUUUGUUUUUUCUCACCAACUUUCUUAUCGUUUAUUACAUCCCUAUUAAAACCCACCGCAUCACCAUGGAGCGCGAUUACAAAACAGGUACUUUACAAGUACAUUAAAAACAAAAGCAGAACAUAAAAACAACAGGUUUCAGAACACGUGAACGGAUAUCAGGACCGAGUCGAGAGUCUGAACACGGACGUGGGAUGUUUCUGGAGUCGUCCAGUCGUGGUCGUCAAGUUUCCGGAUGAAUUCUUCAUCUGGCGAAUCGUCUGCCGUUUGUUCCCCGAGAAGGAAACGACUGACCUGUUCACAUGAAAUAUUAUUUCAAACAAAGCCUGUAACACCUGGGAAAAAAAAUAAUCUGUAUUUGCAUUGUAAUGGACGUUCUGUGUUUUUUAAAUCUACAAUAAAAACUCAACAACUCACACCAA